UUUAGUCUUUCAUAUACUUUCCGUUCAGUCUAGUCCUGUGAAUGUAUUGCCUCAUAUAUUUAUUCUUUUAAUACUAAAUAGUGCAAAAUUAAGCUUAAAAGCACAGCUUUGCUUUCACUGCACAUACUAUUAAAAGGUAUCUGAGACUAAAGUGUAUUUAUAUCAAAUCAACUAGUAAAAAGUAUUUAAAUAUUUGGUGACUACAUCUAGUGUGCUUUCAUUCACAUGGUGCAAGAUUGCCUCCCUUUGAAUGUUUAGUUGUAGUGAAUCACUGUCCUCUGAUGUAUUAAAUGAAUACAUGAUCCUCUCAGAGUUGAGUCUUAUGUGAGCUAGGUUUGUAAGUGCUUGUUUAGACCACAGGGGCCGUGGCCUUAUUAGGGCCAUCCACGGCCCCCAUGUGACCCCGUUGUUUCCCACCAAAAGCUUAAUGCCUCCUUUCCCCGAGGCUGUUGAAGUCAAACCCAUGCUCAUAAAAUCUUAUUUUUCAUGUUCUGUCAGAAUGUGCGGGUGCCAUAGGCUACACCUCCUACAUAAGGUGGUUCUUGAUGGUCCAAACAUGGUGUAAUUAGAGUCAUUAGUUAAGUAGCUGAAUGUGAAAAGGUGAGGCUGGCGCUCUUCGGGGCGCCUCAUUAUGCAGGCGCAUUAAAAGAAUGCCGUGGGGGGUAAAUGGGUGGUUAAGGGCAUGGACAAAAAAAGAGGGGCAGGGUCUGUGAGGAGGGUCAGGAUUCAAAUUCUAAGUGGGAAGAUGUCCCCAUUGUCGGUGGGCUUAAAUACGCAGCGGAUGAAGAGAAGCUGCCUUUCAUUCACUGGCGAGGUUCCACUGAGCAGGGAUUGGAACCAUCACCAUGUCUUCCCCACACGUUUGGAUUGCUUUAUUUCUUCUCUCGGUUAUGACAAGUGACAUUGCAGUGUAUGGCCGACUCAUGUCACUGAGGACUACACAAGAGGAAGCCAAUAAACCAACUUUAGGCACAGACGUGUUGAAGCGGUGGAGGCGCGAGAUCACGGAGACGCAUCUGGAGCGGUGCGCACAGCUCAGUGCGCCCUGGCUGGACCACGCACACGCUCCUCAGGAUGAUGCGACUCCGAUCCACCUCCGGAUUCGACCUUUUUCUCCGGGUGUCUCGCAUGGAUUGGUUUUUCCUGGAAAAUCCCUUUUCAACUUUGUCCGAAGGGUUUACCACUGCUGUCAGCAAAGAAUUAACUGCAGGAGCGUAAAGGGAAUUCAAGGGCGCAUGAGGGGAGAUACAGGUGUGGAGUUCCUUCUCUCCAGGGACAUUUCAUUGUUGACAAUUGUGAGUGCUGAGCUUCACCUCCAGCUUUCAAAUCCACAGCAUGUUAACAUACGUCCUGUGCUUCCAUCCCUGGCAAAACGCAACCUUCCUACGAGAUACAGUUCAUGGACACGGGGUAACACUUUGGAGCUGAGAGUGGAUCUGCAGUUCCUUUUCAAGAGUCUGCAAGAAGCUGCAGGAGGGGCCACUUCUUGGGGUCCCAGCUUGGUGAACAUGCGGCGGGUGGCGUUGUCUCCAAGAGGGGCUCCAUUAAGAGAAAAGCCUCACGCUCUGCAGGACACUGACGGUGAUGUGGCGGGGGAUGGGAUGCAUAAUGUGCUGGAGCUGGGUUUGGUGUUGGACUGCAGUCAGGCUGGAUCAGGGGUGUCCUGCAGAUCCAGCGGUGUUCACCUCUCACACACCCCUUUCAUAGCGCUGUACUACAAAUAAAGUCAGACUGAGAUCAGACUGUUUACUGCUGGGAAGUAAAAGAAACAUUUCAUAUGCGUAUAUUCCAGCCAGCUCAGGAGGAGCACAAACACAACACUAAAAACAUGCACUUCA